AUGCCGUGGUUCCUUCCCCUCUUGUGGAAGGCUGCCGUCGCCUUCCCGGUUGCCAUCAAGACCAUAGAUGUGGCUCUGAAGGGCGGCCAAUUCUAUGCCAACUGGGCCAAGAGCCGCCAGGUGCUGCAAACGGAUUGGGUGACACUCAACAUUGGUGGUGCUCUCUUCAAGACAACCAAGAAGACGCUGCUGGCCGAUUCGUCGUCGCUGUUUUACGACAUCCUGGGCGAGAAGAACCCGGCCAAGGAGGACGUGCUCAAGGCCAUGAAGGGCAAGCCCGGCAUCACCUCCACCUUCAUCUUCACACGAACGAAGCUCAAGAAUGGCAAAGAGAGGAAGACGCUGCGCCUAAUCGAUCAUCAGGUGGAGAGGGCGGAGAUGGAGAAGCAGAAGAACAUCCUCACGCUCAAGUCCCUCUCGUGGAAGGUCGAAAAGAAGGACGGCCUCAUCACCGUCAACCUCGAUCGGGACCCGCACUACUUCAAGCCGGUGCUCAACUUCCUGCGGUACGGCAACCUGUUCGCCGACGCGGGGAUCGACCUCAAGGGCAUCCUCGAAGAAGCCAAGUUCUUCCAGGUCGAUACGCUUGUCAAGAUGCUCCACAAACGUGGCGUGUGGGAUGAGGACAACAAGUACUUCAAGGAGGGCAAGGAGGUGACGGACGCCAUGCCGGGCGUUCACGCUGAGGCCGACACCACCAAACCAUGA